AUGAGAAACGCAAGGAUGAACCUGAGUCAGAGUGUGAGAGUGGCUGCUGUACUGGAAGACUGGCAACACCAGCUCCUCUUACUGGCAUUUUCUUUUGCUGAAGACUUGAACACGAAUCCACACAGUCCCCAAGAUAAAGUCACACUGAGCAAACUAGCUCAAGAUUGCCACAAUAUAGCAGAACUUGUGGGAACCUUCUGUGUGGAGCUGCAGGAAAACCAGACUUUCUAUUCGGUGUUGAAGACAAUUGAAGAUGUAAAACAAGUAGAACAAAUGACAGAUGAGCACACACAGAGUGAGACACUGUCAGAUUACAAAGAGAAUCUGACAGUGCGUUAUGCAAAGGUGGUAGAGGAGCUGGAAAACAAAUGUUCAAUUUUUCAGAAAUUGCAAGAGGAACAUUCCAUAUUGUCAGCUCAACGGGAAGAACAGGAAAAACAGAACCAAACAAUAAAGAAUGAAAAAAAAGACAAACUACAGAUGCUACAAAAAGAGGCCAGUGAUGAAGAGAAAAUGCUUGAGAAACAGAUAAAGUUGGUGAAGGAACAGAUAGAGAAGGAGCGCCGCUCUCACGACAUAUCGAUGAGAUUUCUCCAAAAUCAACAAGAGGAGAUGAAACAACAGAAGGAAAUGUGGAAGGAGCGAAUACAAAUAAUGCGUCAGGACAAGGCAAAAGAGUUAAACGACGUCCGAUGUAAAAUCACAUUGAACUUGGAUCGACUUAUGGAAAUGAAGAGGAAGUUCAGAGUCAUGGAACAAGUUGUAAAGGAGGACAAGGAGGAGCAGGAGAAACUGAGAAAAGAACUCGAGCUGAUUACAGCUGCGACCAAGAUUCAGGCUUUUUGGCGUGGAUGUAUGGUCCGCAAAGGUCUUGGUAUAUAUAAAACAGAGGAAGACAAGAAAGGCAAGAAAAAAGAUGGAUCUAAAGAAGGGAAAAAGAAGAAGAAGAAAUAA